AUGGCCGAUGACGCAAUGGCAAAAAAGGAGGAAUCAGAGCCGAUGGAUCUGGACAUGGAGGACCUCCCGGAGGAGGAGGCAGGAGACGGACAGACCGGUGAAGUUUCAGCGCCCGAGAACCAAAGGGCGGAAGAAAUCAAGGCGGCCGAGGCAAAGGACCACCUCUCCGACAGCCAGGACCAGAACCGGCAGGACCUGGGAGGGUCCAGCAAAGACCUUCAGCGACUCCGAGCCCAUGUCAACAUGCUCACUGCCCUGAUCCUGCGCCACGACAACCAGAUCAACAUUGCCAGCCUUCUUCCUGAGGACGGAUAUACGGGAAGCAUGGCGACGGCAUUGUAUCAGACGGGGGUGUUCUCAUGCAGGGCCUUCUUUCGACGGUCUUGGCACGUUUCGAGCAGAUGCUUGCGGACCUGGAGAAGCAGGCGAUGGCGAUCAAGCUCGGCUGGCUCAACUCGGAGGGGAGCCAAGUCACGGGGAUGA